UCAUGUGAUGCAUUUUGGAACAACAACAAGUAACAGGGCUGAAGGUGCACAUGCCAGCUUGAAGUUGAUGUUGCGGAACAGUAAGGGUGACCUGGCCACAUCAUGGAAUGCGUCGCAUAGUUUGACCACCAAUCGCCACACUGAGAUAGUAGCAUCGUUUGAGCGCAGUAUGAAUAAAAUUGAUCACCUUUUCAAGACCCCUUUCUACACAAAUAUUAGGGGAUUUGUGUCAAUCAAAUGCCUGAAACUCAUUGAUGCUGAACUGACAAGAAUGCGAGCCUGCGGCGGCAGAUGCGAUUGCUUAUUGAGAGAGACUCAUGGACUACCUUGCGGUUGUCAACUUGCAGAUUAUGAGAGGAUUCCGUACGAGGCCAUUCAUCCAUUCUGGAAGAGCCUAAGUUGGGAGCAUGUACCUGUUGCAGAUACUGGCAGCUCAGAUAUUUGCGGACUAAACCAUGGAGAGAUGCACCCAGAAGUUGAGGCACUGACACGUUAUUUCCAUUCUUUGGAUACUGGAGGGCAGAGUAUGGUAAGGAGGAAGCUUCAAGCGAUAUAUUGUCCUGAAAGGAGUACACUAUGUACUCCUGAGCUUCGGAUAAAGUCCAACCGCACUCCUAAGUUGAAAGAGAGCAAACAACCCAAGGGUCGAGCAAUAGGAUCCUUGACUCGUGAUCCUUCAGCGUUUGAACUUACAGACAAGAAGAUUAAAGAGGAAAAGAAGUCUUCACAACCAGCAAAGAGGAAGAAGCGUGUGAAGAAGUCUGAUACAAGCCAUUUCAUGUGUAACUUUCCAGCCUUUCUCCAUCCAUAUAUUGGCACAAUUACAGAUGUUGAGGAUGAUAGUAACUGUGGCUAUAGAUCCAUUGCUGCAUUAAUGGGGCAUUCCGCCGGUCAGGACGGUUGGCCUUGGGUUAGGGCUACAUUGAUACAAGAACUUGAGACCAAUGUGGUAAUGUAUAAUAGGAUGUGGGGCACAGAUGUUGUUUAUGGCUUACAUAAUCGUCUCACUCUUCCUAUUGGUGACCCGGCCACCCCUGACAAAUGGUUUCAACUGCCAGAGAUGGGAUACCUUGUUGCCACAAAGUACCAAUUGGUUCUCGUAUCCUUAUCCUCUAUGGGUUGUAACACAUACUUUCCACUGAUAGGAGCCGGCCCACGAGAUGAGCAUUCUGUUAUAGCUAUUGGACAUGUGAUAAAUCACUGGGUACAGCUCCAAUUAACUCCUGGACAUCCUAUGCCGACUAUUGCUCCCCAGUGGGAAUGGCACAGUGAUCUUGCCUCCAAAUACUGGCGCAACCUAUAUGGUCCACGUUUAGGCAUGUAUGAUGCACAAUUCCAAGCUUGGCUUGGUGCUUUUAGUGGUCAUGCGGACUAUGUGGACAUCACCACAGAUUGAAUGUUCUUGUAUUGUGUAAUAUUAAUUUGUAAACUCUCUGUAAUUUGGUAGAAUGUGGCCCUUAUCACAGGUUGUUGUUAAUGAUGAAAAUCUAGACAUCAUCGUAGAUUGGCAGGUUCAUGCGUGUACUUUUGGUAAU